AUGGAUGCCGAAGAAGAAAGUCCGAGUCCAAUUCCAAGACCAGAAGAUCAGCAUGAUAUUGGCGACGCCAUGGAGCAGACACCCCUUCCGGAUAUAGGGCUAUCUUCUGAUGAUGCCGGGGACCACGACGAGGCCUACGUAGAGAGGUUCUGUUAUGACCGUGGCGAAACCGAGUAUCUCCUGGAGAAUCCCAAUGGGUGGAUGUCUGCCGGCAGCCUUGGCGUCUCGGAAGCCGUAGUGGAGGCCAGGUGGCAGAGAUGCGAAGCGAGGCCGGUCAAGUUAAUCCCCAUAAAAUGUAGGGGCACUCUCUAUUCCCAUGUACGGAAGGUCUUCGACAAAGCCGGCCACGAUGAUGAAACUUUGUAUGAGAUUGAAUUGUGGCCUCGCUGGACUCCUGACAGCCAAAUUAACGACAAGAGGGUUGUGCCAUCGCUUGAACUCAACAUGGACACGUCCCUUCGCCGUAGCACGCGGCUCAUGAAAACUGUCGAUGAGAGAAAGAUGAGGAAUGAGCAGAUAGCACAAAUUGUUCAGCUCGAUUUGUGGACACAGAAUGCUUUGAAGGGAGCAGACAGUGCAGUUUAG